CACAACUAUGUUCAAAGGAUUGGUGGUGCUAUUAGUGACGUCUGAUACGUUCACUGCUGAAGAUGCAAAGGAAACCGAGAGGCAAUUACUAUCUCAACACGUCUCUAAAGUGUAUUUCAAAAACCAGUCAGAUACUGACGUUAACUAUCUCGAUAAAGAUUUAGAUCAACCAAUAAACCACAUAGUUUCAGACACCGUGGAGUUCAUCGAAUACCACGCUGCUCAGCUUCUUAUGAUUCCGGUCACAACAGCUUCCUGGAUCUCCCAUAGUAUAGAACAAAACAAGAUUUUGAAUCUUAAAUCUUACAAUCCUGAUCCUAAAAACUUUUUAAAAGAUUGCUUUGUUUGUAUUGCAGAUAAUUUACCAGCUGGCGACAAGGAAGUGAUUUACGGUGGGGUGAGAGCUUUUGGUGGUCAAUAUAUGGAUGAUUUAACCAAACAUACUACUCAUUUGAUCGCAUUGGAUCUAACUAACGUUAAAUGUAUAAUCGCAUCAAGUGCAAAUCAACUGUCAAAUAGUGAUGACUCUAUUGACAUCAAAAUAGUUCUACCUCAUUGGAUUAAUGAUUGUUUAAAACAAGGCAAAAAGUUAAGUGAAGAACCGUAUCUUUUAUCUAAUCCAAAAGUACAUCAGGAGAAGAAACCAAUGUAUUCGCUUAUUCCUGAGUCGGAUCAAAAUAACAAAUUGAUUAAUGAUGACUGCUUGCCUAAUAUAGAAGGUAAAACUACAGAUUUUUUCAAAGACAAGACUUUUUAUUUCUCUUCGGAUUAUAAUCUUUCGGAAAGAAUGUCAAAUUGUUUCUCUCAACUAGUCGAGUCCAAUGGUGGGCACACAGUUUCGACUUUUAAUGUGAAGGAUAUUGAUAUUUAUAUAGGUAAAUAUCGUUCGGGUGAUGAAUAUAAAAAAUGCUGUCUUUCAAAUAGAAUCGUGGUUGCCAAUUUACAAUGGAUGUAUCAUGUCUUACUUACUAAUACUUGGAUCCUACCCCAAAAUUCAAAUUUAUUACACUAUCCAUUCCCUAAAGACCCUCUAGCUGAGUUUAAAAACAAAAAAAUAUCAGUAACCAACUAUUCUGGUGAUGCUCGUUUUUACUUAACUAAAUUAAUAACCUUAUUAGGAGGUGACUUUACGAAAACUUUAACCCGUGAAAAUGAUUUUUUAAUUGUUGCAAAACCCGAUGGAAAAAAAUACGAAAGUGCAAAAAAUAAGUGGAAGAAUCUUGAUAAUAAACCUAUUGUGGAAGUCGCUAAUCAUCUUUGGCUAGAAGAAUGCUACUCCUCUUGGUCAUACAUUGAUUCUAAUUUACCUCGCUUCCAAUAUUUCGGUAGCAAGGCCAGUGGACGAGCUGGAACUGAAUCAUUGUUGGGUAAAACUAAACUCAAUCACCUAGCUUUACAAAAAUGGUACCUCGACCCUUCUAUUGGUUCUAGUAAAUUGAAUAGCGAAGGAACAAACGUUGAUGAUAGUAUGAGUGAAGAUGAAUCUCCUACUUUAACAAGAAAUACCAUCAGCCAGAAACAAACAGACACAGAACGCGAGAAUGAUCAAGAAAUACAACCUGAUGUGCAAGAAGAAGAUCAAGAACUAGUGGACUUUAAUGAUGAAGAGGAUGAUGAAGAGGACGAAGGAGAACCUGAAAACACUGAAUCAAUUGAAAAAUCACAACAUGAUUCCAAUGAAAGUCAAUCCAAGAGCCAAGCUUCUAAGUUACCAACUCCAGCUACCCCAGAAAUUGACCUCGAUAAAAGUGUCGAGAUUGAGGAUCAGGCUCAUAUAAGCAACCUUGAAAGUAGCGAUCAAGCAGCUACCCCAAGCAUUUCCGACGCAUUCAGCGGCAGAGUUGGUAGAUCAGCCAAACAAAAGGCAGCUUUGAAGUUGCAUUCUGAUAUGGAAGAUCUAAAUGCCUACAAAGUUUUAUCCAAGAGCUCAAGAAAGAUGAAAUCCUAUAUGAAAGAGUUGGAAGCUCGUGAAGAGGCAAUCAAGGGAUCUUCAAGGAAAAGACCUGCUUCUGAAAGUGCUGAAAGCAGCCAGGUUAGUAGCAAGGAAGAUGUAAUCAAUGGAAGCACCUCGCCUUUGACUUCACAAACUUCUCAUCCACCGGUAAAAAAGAAGAAGCCAUCAAGUCCAGAUAGAACACAGUCAGUAGUUGCAAUUAUGACUGGUUGUGAACUGGAGUUAGUACUCAACCGCGUUGACGUUGUCAAGCUUUCUCAUUCCGGAAUCAAGAUUGUUAACGACUAUUCACCUAAACAUAAAAUCAAUACUAUAUUUGCUCCCCGUAUAUUAAGAACCGAAAAGUUCUUAAAAAGCUUAAGCCAAGCUGAACGUAUUAUCCACCCUAAUUAUUUAGUGAAAGCCUUGAAGAAAGUUAACGAGCAGGAGAUAACUUGGGAUGAGCUCUCAAAAGAGUAUAAUAUUUCGGAUUAUGCAUUAGAUAAGGUCAUUCCACUCAAAGAAAUAAACCAAGAUCUUGGGAUUGCAAACACAAAAACGAACGGACUAUCCGACUUGUUCAAUAGCGAAAAUAAGGGUAGUUUAUUUAAAGGGAUUAAACUUAACUUAUCCACCAAUUUAAACGGAGGAGUGAAUUUAAUCACCAGCAUUCUCCAAACCCAUGGGCUAGAAGAAGCAAAAAGUUUCAAGUCGGUACCAGCAUCCAUGAUCAAACAGUUGUUAAAAAAUGACAAUGGUAAAGUUAUAUUCGUCGCACAUAAAAGUAAGGAUUCAAAGUUGAUAAGUUCUAUAAAGAAAAAUGAUGAUAAUAUAAUGAUUGUGGAAUGGGAUUGGUGUGUUAAAUCUAUAUUCAGAAUGAAGUUAGAAGACCUUAAGGACUAUCGAUUAUAGGGGCUUACAAUUAUAUAGUAAUAAAUGAACUUAAG